UGCUUUUAUUGGAUCUGCUGCUGUCAAGCAGCGCUGAAGGACUGGAAAAGACGAGGAGCAGAAAAACACACCAUUAUUCCGCUGCUUUUUCUGCCUCUUUCAGGCUCCGAUCCGCUCCGCCGACGCCUUCAGGGUCGAACCGGGGAAGUGGAGGGCGCAGACCGGGGCUGUUUUUCUGCGCGGAUCCUGAGCGGGUUACCCGCAGACAGCCGGACAGCCUCGAGCCUACAUCUCUUUUCCUUUUUUUGCUUCUAAAAGAGGAGAAAUCGGAGGCCGUGUGAUUCUCCGCUCAGCGCUUCUCUCUCUCUCUUUCUCACAAACCACGGAUUUUUUUCUCGUGUCCAUCUCGGAUGCGAGCGCACGAGCACACCGCCUCGGAAACUGCGCUUUUUUUGGGUGUAAAAUGUCCCUUUUGGGUGUAUAAAGGCGCAGGAUUAAUCCGCCGCAGUAAUGCUGAGGGAAUAUUUUCGCCUGUUGAAACGCUGUGAAGCGCACCAGAUCUCCUCCGUCACUAAGAGCUGAUUCUCUCUCUCUCUCUCUCUCUCUCUCUCUCUCUUCAGAUUUCAGGGUGGAGUAAAAAAAAAAGAUUAAAAAAAAAAUAAAACAAGGCCAAAAAACAUGGAUCAAACUCCGGCCUGGGACUAACUACAGGACUACAUUUCUCUCCUUUCUUUCUUAAAAAAGAGGUUGAGAUUGACAUGAUGACGGAGUGGUGAUGAGGAUGAUCAUAAUGAUGAUGAUGGUGAUGAAGAUGAUGAUGAUGAUGAUGAUAGUGAUGUGGAAUGAAGUGAUCUAAAAUGGAGCUCCAUGGAGUUUGAGCACAAGAGGAAAUCUGUUUCCUGGUCAGGGGGGUGGGGGGGGAAAGGAAGAUAGACAAUUAGUAUUAUUAUUAAUAUUAUUAAUAUAAUUAUUUUUAUUAGGAGUAGUGUCAUCAUUUAUUAUUAUUAUUAUUAUUAUUAUUAUUAUUAUUAUUAUUAUUAUUAAUGCAUACAAACAGGGAAAUAAAGGAGAAAAAGAGAAGGAGAAGAUAAUCUCGUGGAGAACAUAAUGUUCUUGGCCUGCUUUGGAGAAACUUGUGUCCAAGAUCUCAAUGGCCUUCUAGGUGAACUUUACAAAUAAAAAAGACCAGGCCUGGACUGCAGGAGAAGAAUUCGAGGAGAGGAUCCGGAGAACCCACAUGCCUGAACUGGUUUGUAGAACUUUGCAGAAGCAGAGAAUCCCAAGGGUUUAGUAGAGGAACAAGUGGAUAACAUAACACGCUGGACUCAAGUCAAAGGGAAGAAGAAGAAGAAGAGAAGCAGAAGAUCAAGUCUCAGCUUGGAUUGGAGGAGUUCAGACCAGUCCACUGAGGAGGCCUCGUGUGGAGAUCACCUCAAGAACUUUAGCUGUCUGCUCUGGAGAUCUCAAAGACUUUCUAUGAGGAUCUAAGGAAAGGACGUAACAGGUGUGGAGAAAGAAAGCAGGAGUGGAGAAGCUGAGAGAGAAGGAGGAAGCUAGGCAUCCUGGCCUGAGGGACAUAACGAGACGAGAAGAAGACGAGGAAGAAGCGGGAGUGAAGCAUGGGCUGUGCUUCCAGCAUCCAUAUCUCGGAUCGGGUGGUGUAUCACAGUGGAAAAGAGUCCGAGGACUGCCCCCCACACUCCCCCCCGCAGGGCAACAACACCCAGAACUGCCCCAUCAAGGCCUCUGAGUACAAGAGCUCACUGACCGAGGUACAGUUUGGACCAAUGAAGUUAUAUGAAGAUCAGAUUCAGGUACUGUUGGUGUUCAGUAGAGAGGACGGUCAGAGCGGGGGUUUCAGUAGUGCGUGUGAGAAGGCGGGGUUUAAGUUCAGUGUUGCUCGGUCACCUGACGCUGCCCUGCACUGCUUCCUGGAGAAACACCAUGACAUCAUCAUCAUCGACCACCGACAUUCCAGAAACUUCAGUGGAGAGCAGCUCUGCCGCUCCAUCCGUGCUCUCAGCUCCUCUCAGAACACUGUUAUUGUUGCUGUUGUGAAAAGGCCGGAUCGUGAAGAAGCCACUGUGAUGCCUCUGUUGUCUGCUGGAUUUAACAGGCGCUAUAUUGAGAACUCAAAUGUGAUGGCCUGCUACAAUGAACUCAUCCAACUCCACCAUGGAGAGAUCCGCGCUCAGAUCAAACUCAGAGCCUGUAAUGCCAUUUUUACCGCGCUAGAACAGAGUCAGGAUGCUAUUGAGAUCAGCAAUGAAGACCAGCUUAUACAAUAUGUGAACCCAGCGUAUGAGAGUGUGAUGGGAUACCAGCACGGAGAGUUAAUGGCGAAGGAGAACAUUGAAGUGCCUAAAAGUGAGAAGAACAAACCAGACCUGCUUGAGAGCAUCAACUCCUGCAUCCGCAAGGGCAAGGAAUGGCAGGGUCUUUAUUAUACCAAAAAGAAGAACGGCGACAGCGUGCAACAGAAUGUGAAGAUCACACCUGUCAUUGGACAGGGAGGUAAAGUCAGACACUAUGUGUCCAUAAAUAGGCCUUUAAAUGACAAUAACAAGUCUGAACGGUCAAGUGAGCGAGUCCAAGCUGAAUCACAGACAGAUAUUCAGUCCAGUAAACAUAAAGACCGGAGGAAAGGAUCGCUGGAUGUACGAUCAACUACAUCACGAGGGAGUGACGGAAGUUCUCAAAGGAGACACUCCUCUAUGGCUAGAAUUCACUCAAUGACCAUAGAAGCUCCCAUCACUAAGGUGAUAAACAUCAUUAACGCGGCUCAGGAGAGCAGUCCGAUGCCGGUGGCCGAGGCUCUGGACCGAGUGCUGGAGAUUCUCAGAACGACAGAACUCUACUCACCUCAACUCGGCACCAAGGACGAGGACCCUCACACUAAUGACCUUGUUGGGGGUCUAAUGACGGAUGGGCUGCGCAGGUUAUCAGGGAAUGAGUACAUCUUCUCAGCGAAACAGCCGCAUCACAUCCCGAGUCACCUGACCACGCCCCUGUCUCUGAACGACAUCCCACCACGAGUGGCACAGACGAUGGAGAACGAAGAAUCGUGGGACUUUGACAUUUUCAGUCUGGAGGCAGCAACCAUGAAAAGGCCGCUGACGUAUUUGGGGCUGAAGAUCUUCUCGAGGUUCGGAGUGUGCGAGUUCCUGAACUGUUCGGAGGCCACACUGCGCUCGUGGCUGCAGGUCAUUGAGGCUAAUUAUCAUGCCAGUAACUCGUACCAUAACUCCACCCACGCUGCCGACGUGCUACACGCCACCGCCUACUUCCUGUGCAAGGAACGUGUAAAGCAAAGUCUGGAUCCGAUCGAUGAGGUAGCGGCUCUGAUCGCAGCGACGGUGCACGACGUCGAUCACCCGGGACGAACAAACUCCUUCCUGUGUAAUGCAGGAAGUGACCUCGCUAUUCUAUACAACGACACGGCCGUGUUGGAGAGUCACCAUGCCGCACUCGCCUUCCAGCUCAGCACCCGGGAUGACAAGAGCAACAUCUUUAAGAACAUGGAGAGGAAUGAGUACCGAACGUUGAGGCAGGCCAUCAUCGACAUGGUUCUCGCCACUGAAAUGACCAAACACUUCGAACACGUCAACAAAUUUGUCAACAGCAUUAACAAGCCGCUUGCUGCCUUGGAGGAAAAUGGGAGUCACAGUGAUGAUGACGUGAAGGGGAUCCUCAGUGUGGCAGAGAACCGGAUGCUGGUCAAGCGGAUGCUAAUAAAGUGUGCUGACAUCUCGAACCCCUGCCGGCCGCUGCAGCUCUGUAUCGAGUGGGCGGGGCGUAUCUCUGAGGAGUACUUUGCUCAGACGGAUGAAGAGAAAAGACAGGGUCUGCCUGUGGUAAUGCCAGUGUUUGAUCGGAACACCUGCAGCAUUCCCAAAUCCCAGAUUUCCUUCAUUGACUACUUCAUCACGGACAUGUUUGAUGCCUGGGAUGCUUUUGCUGAUUUGCCAAAUCUCAUGCAGCAUUUAGACAACAACUUUAAAUACUGGAAAGGUUUGGAUGAACGCAAACUACACAGCCUGAGACCACCACCGGAGUAGUUCAUCACACACACACACACACACACACAGUGAACACUACGGCUCCGUCUCAAAUUUCUCUCAUGGACUAAAUAAAAGCGUCUCUCUCUCUGAACCUGGACUUUAUGAUGGUGUGAGACUCGACGCCCCCUGCUGGUUAAAAUGAACACACACUUGGACUACACGUGUGGCCUUCCUGCGCACGGCUUUACAGGGUGUGUGUGUGAGUGUGUGUAUGCGUGUGUGUGUGAAGAGCAUCAGGAAACACUAAGAUCAUCCCACCUCACUCUGAUCCUCUACUUCACUCAUUCGUCUGUUCUGUAUUUAUUUUUUCUCUCAUUGUGGUUCUACACUAAUCAUUAAUGAUGCGAGUGAUUUGUAGCUAAACCCAUGAAUCUCAGAAGCCAAAGCCGAUUAACACGCACCAACAGUAAUUCUACCGUCCAUGACAUUAGCAUUAAUGUGUCUGAUUUGUUAACUGAAUGACGUGGCUUCCUGUUGCACAGUAGAGGGCUGGGCAUGUGCCGAUCAUCAGCUAGACGAAAUAUCAUGAUCUAUUUAUAUUUAUAACACGCACAAUAUUAUCUUAAACAAAUACCAUUUAGGAGGAGGCUGUGUGUGUGUGUGUGUGUGUUCCUCAGGAAAUUAUUUUCUGUUUUCUUUUCUUUUGAGUUUCCUAUUAUUUUUUUACCUUUUAGUUGUCUUUGUCUACAUCAUUAUUUCUUUCAUUCAACUUUUCUAUUUUUGCUUUACAUCAUUUGUUUUUCCUUUUUACAUUUCUGUCUAACAUUUUUCUAAAGUUUUUAGAAUUUUGCUUUUUGCUUUUCAUCCUUUUUCUAUUUUUUUUCUUUCUUUUUUUCUUCCUUUUUCUUUUAUUUUUUCUGUCAGUUUUCUUUUUGUUACAUUAGCUUUUUGUCAUCUUUCUUUCUUUCUUUCUUUCUUUCUUUCUUUCUUUCUUUCUUUCUUUUUUCUUUCUUUCUUUCUUUCUUUCUUUCUUUCUCUUUAAGAAAACAUGGAGUUUUAGUAUUUUUGUCCCAGUAUGGAGAUUUUAUUGUGUACCGUGAUUAAAUGUUUAUGCGGUUACAGUGAUAUGAAUUUGAUAUCGGCACAUGCCUAAUCAGAUAUUAACGAUGGAUGGAGUGUGUGUGUGUGUGUGUGUCUCCAGAGCCUCAUGGGAAGGCAGAGUGUUGCAGCAUGGUGAGAAUCUGUGAACCGUGUUUAGGACUUGAAUGAUUUUUUUCCCGGCGAGGGUUUUUGUAUCCGGUUUAUCCUACUGAAGAGACUGCCUUAUUUUAUACGCUAUUUAUACAGCACAGCCCACUGUCUCACUGCGGCGGACACCUGUCUCACUGCAGCGGACACCUGUCUCACUGCAGUGGACAUCCGGACACGUUUGUAAUAACACACCGCUGUAACAGAACGCUGAGUAAAGCUCCAUAUUUUUGUAUAGACUCUGAAUUUUACACUGGAAAAAAACACGAGCAGCAGCCGAGGAGGAAGAUGAGGAUGGUGAUGGGUAACAGACGAUGAAGAUGAUGAUGAACCUAUGUGGAUCUGUGUGACAUGUUAAAGGUGUAAAGCAAAAUUUUAUUCUGAAAUGCAGAAUAUAAAGG